AUGGCGGUGCUGCUGCGCCCGGCGGCGAUCGCCGGCGGCCGGCAGGUGUGGCCGGUGGCGGAGGAGCUUGGCGACGCGGGCGGCGCGUCGCAGCGGCUCGUGGAGGCCGUUGCGCGCGGCGACGCGCGGGAGGCCGGGGAGCUGCUGGCGUCCGGGCGCGCGGACGUGAACUACGCCGGGGUGGUGUGGCUGGACGCGCGGCGCGUGGCCGAGGCUGCGCUGCGGGAGGGCGCCGCCGCCGAGCUGCGCGCCUCGCGCGAGGAGAUCCGCGCCGACGUGUCCCCCCUCUUCCUCGCCGCCGGCAACGGGGACGUCGCGCUCGUCCGCGCGCUGCUCGCAAAGGGGGCGGACGUGAACGGCAAGGUGUUCCGCGGGUACCCGACGACGGCCGCGGCGAGGGAGGGGCACGCGGAGGUGGCGGAGCUGCUGGUGCGCGCCGGCGCGUCGCAGCCGGCAUGCGAGGAGGCCAUCUUAGAGGCGGCGCUGCAGGGGCAGGCAGCCCUGGCGGCCAUCUUCAUGCGCUCCGACCUUGUCCGCCCGCGCAUCGCCGUUCAGGCGCUCGUCUCCGCCGCCACUCGCGGCUUUGUCGACGUGGUUGACACGCUCGUCAAGUGUGGUGCCGAUCCAAACGCGACCUCCCGGGUGCUUUUGCGUUCGCUGAAGCCGUCGCUGCAUCUCAAUGUCGACUGCACAGCGCUUUUCGCGGCGAUCGUGAGCCGGCAAGUCGCCGUUGUUCGUCAGCUACUUCAGGCUGGUGUGAAGAGGGACACCAGGGUGAGACUGGGAGCUUGGUCGUGGGACGCGGCCACCGGCGAGGAGCUGCGCGUAGGCGCCGGCCUUGCGGAGCCCUACGAUGCAGCCUGGUGCGCUGUGGAGUACUACGAGUCCACGGGUUCCAUUCUGCGCAUGCUCCUGCAGAACGCGUACUCGCUGGGCGCCACGCACCAUGGCCGUACGCUGCUCCACCACGCCGUCCUCUGCGGCAGCGUCGGCGCCGUCGAGACGCUGCUGGCGUGUGGUGCGGACUGCGAAGCUCCGGUCAAGACGUCCCGGAGCACCAGGCUUAGGCCGGUUCACAUGGCCGCACGCCUCGGCCAGCCGGAGAUAUUGCAGACGCUCAUGGACAAGGGCUGCGACGUCAACGCGAGGGCGGAAGGUGGCGAUGUCGCUGCCAUCUUGGCCGCGCGCCACAGGCACGAGGACUGCCUCAGGGUUCUCGUUUCGGCUGGAGCAGACGUUGCGCUGCUGAACUCGGCCGGCGACUCCGCGGCCACCGUCGCCUGUUCUGGUGGCUGGAAGGCAGGCUUGGAACGCGCGGUUCUUGGCGCAAUCUGGUCAGGGACCAUCCCCGUGUCCAGCGACAGGAGCAUCUUCUCACCAAUGAUGUUCGUGGCGCGCUGCGGCGAUGCGGCUGCGUUGGAGGUGCUGCUCGCUCAGCCAGGCGUGGACGUGGACGAGCAGGACACGGACGGGUGCUCGCCCAUAAUGGCCGCCGCCAAGGAGGGCAACGUGGACGCCUUCCGUGCCCUCGUCUUCGCCGGUGCCAACGUCAAACUGAGCAACAAGCGUGGCGAGACGGCCAUCGGGCUCGCGCAGCAGAGCAAGAAGAGGGACCUGUUCGAGCAGGUGAUGCUCGAGUUCGCGAUGGAGAAGGGCAUGCCCGCCGGUGGCUUCUACGCGCUGCACUGCGCGUCCCGGCGCGGCGACGCCGCAGCGGUGCGUCACCUGGCAAGCACGGGCUACGAUGUCAACGUCCCGGACGGCGACGGAUACACCCCGCUGAUGCUGGCCGCCAGGGAAGGCCACGCGGCCGUGUGCGAGCUGCUGAUCUCCCACGGCGCCCGGUGCGACAUCGUGACCCCGCACGGCGAGACGGCGCUCUCCCUCGCGCGGUCCGCGCUGGCCACUGCGUCGUUCAACAAGGCCGAGGACGUGAUCAUGGACGAGCUGGGCCGGCAGCUCGUUCUCCAGGGCGCGCACGUCGUGAAGCACACCAAGGGCGGGCGCGGGAGGCCGCACGGCAAGUCGCUGAGGAUGGUCGCCGCUGCCGGCGUGCUCCGGUGGGGCGGGUCGAGCCGCCGCAACGUGAUGUGCGUAGAGGCCGAGGUCGGGGGCAGCUCGGCGUUCCAGCGGUACCGGCAGAGGAAGGGCCGUCGAGGCGACGACGCGUACGCGCCGGGGCUGUUCCGCGUGGUGACGGCGACUGGGAAGGAGCUGCACUUCGUUUGCCAGGGCGGUGAGGAGGCAGCGGAGCUGUGGGUGCGUGGCAUCAGAGCGCUGACGAGGGCGGUGUUCGGCAAGCGUGGAGACUAGCUAGGUAGUGAGAGGAGAUGGACUGUGCUCUGUUUAGGCUUGGUAGUUUGCAGCGAGCGUGCCUGUAAAGAGUGUAGGGGACGAAGUAGAGCGGGUGAUGAUGCGUGGAGUGGAGUUGGUGUGAUGGUCUUCAGCUUGAAGACUUUGCCGAGUUGCCAUGAUGUUUUUGGUUCAGGGCCUGGGAGUUUGUACAGCUUUGCUGGAUGUUUUUGGCUAAGUUGCUUUAGCCAGCUUGUUAGUGACUUUCACUCUGAAAUAUCAGUGUCUUUGAGAA